GACCCCCGCCUCUCCUAUCGCCUCCGCUAUGCUCCCUCUCGUCCUCCUCUUCCCACUCAUCGUCUUCCUUUCCGCCCAUGGAACGCAUUCCUCUACCCAAAACAACACUUCCGCCUUCCCCAACUGCGACCAGACUUUCUCAUGCGGGGGCCUCCAAAACCUCUCUUACCCAUUCACCGGCAGGCACGGUCGGUCAUACUGCGGCCCAUCGGAAUUCCGCAUCAACUGCACCGACAACGGAAUUCCCGAGUUAAUUCUGGACUCACUGACUCACAGGAUCAUCCAACUCGACCAAAACAAACAGAGCAUGACCCUUUCCCGCUCGGACCCGUACAACAACACAUAUACCCAUGAAUUCGCUAACACCAACCUGAGUUUCACUUUAUUCAAUCUCAGCCCAGACAACCAAAACCUCUCGCUGUUAUAUGAGUGUACUUCGGUCCAGGCGUAUAUCCCGGAGAACCUGUUCUUGUGCGGCGAUUGGACUUCUAGAAGCACCGCGUACCAUGUGUUGGGUCCAGGUCCAAGCGAUCCAAUAUUCAAGAUUAUUCGCUGUAACACCAGCGUAACCGCCCAUGUUGCAAGUUGCGGCGGAUAAACUUGCGACCAAUAGAUCUGCGCUCAAGGAAGCUUUAAUGGAGGGAUUUAGCGUGAAUUAUGCUACUCCAAAUGUGGACGAUUGCGCUAGGUGUCAUGAUUCGGGUAGUGAGUGCGGGUUUUUGGAUCAGUUUGUUUGCAUUUGCGGUGAUCCAAUUUGUGACGUACCAGGGAAAUCAAAGAUUAAAGUUCAACUAAUCAUAGGAUUGGCAGUAGUUGUAGCUGCCAUUAUAGCAAUCAUUUUUAUAGUGCUCCUCGUCAGGCUUAAAGCAAAAUCAUUGUCAAGUUUGAAGUCUCUAUACUUCCAUCUAACUAGCAAGAACGAUGAAAGAGUUGAGGCAUUCAUUCUUCAGUAUGGUUCUCUUGCUCCGAAGAGAUUUUCCUAUUCAGACAUCAAGAAAAUAACCAACUCACUCAAAGAUAAAUUGGGUCAAGGAGGAUAUGGCAGUGUGUAUAAAGGGGAAUUAGCUGAUGGCCAUAUUGUGGCAGUAAAAGUACUCAGAAAAUCCAAAGGGGAUGGGCAGGAUUUCAUCAAUGAAGUUGCUAGCAUUAGCAGAACCUCCCAUGUCAAUAUAGUCACCCUAUUAGGGUUCUGUUAUGAGAGGUUAAAAAGAGCUUUGAUUUAUGAAUUCAUGCCCAAUGGAUCUCUGGAUAAGUUCAUUUGUAAUCAAGGAUCUCUAAAGAACCAUCAGCUUGCAAUUAAGACCUUGUAUGAGAUUGCACUAGGCAUUGCUCAAGGACUAGAAUACUUGCAUCGAGGUUGUGCCACAAGGAUUUUACACUUUGACAUAAAACCUCAAAACAUCCUCUUAGAUGCCAACUUUUGUCCUAAGAUAUCUGAUUUUGGUCAAGCUAAAUUAUGUGAAACAAGAGAUACUAUUGUUUCAAUGACAGGAGCUAGAGGAACUUGUGGAUAUAUCGCUCCAGAGGUAUUUUGUCGAAGCUUUGGAGGAGUAUCUUACAAGUCUGAUGUGUAUAGCUAUGGCAUGAUGAUCCUAGAAAUGGUUGGGGGAAGAAGAAAGAAUGUUAAUGUGGAAGUGUCUCACUCCAGUGAAAUGUAUUUUCCAACGUGGCUGUAUAAGCAGCUUGAAAAAUCAGAAAAAUUGAAUCUUGACAGAAUCAUAGCUGAUGAGGAAGAAGAAAUGACAAGGAAGAUGAUAGUAGUGAGCCUUUGGUGCAUUCAAACAAUUCCAUCAAACAGACCAUCAAUGAGUAAGGUGCUUGAAAUGUUACAAGGAAGCCUUGAAGCUUUGCUACUUCCACCAGAACCUUUGUUGUCUUCUCCUGCACCAAUAUCACUCCAAAACUCCAACACCACAUCAUCAGUCAUAAUGCAGGUUAGACCAUACUCUGAUUUUUUAUAUGAGUUAGUGCAAUAAAUGUAUCAAAUUUUUUUGGAUGUACAAUUGUCUUCAAUUUGAUUACUAUGCUCAUAGCAAUAUGUUUGAGAUGAUUUGCAGGGGGUUCGAAGAACUUUUGCGACUAAUUCACUACUUGAUGAUGAUGACGUGUCUUCAAAUACAUAGAAAUGGUGUCUGCUGCAUUUUUUUUCUUUUUUUUUCUUGACAGCAAAACAAAGUUCUGUUACUAGAAGUCAAACAUCCCCUGUAGAUGGUAUUCAAAAGUUCAGCAUAGUUUUCCCUGUAUUUUCUUAAUCCUCUAGUCUCCAGCAUGUAACACUCCAUGGACCACUGUGAAAUCAUCCCUAUUCUCCAUGAAUAACACUCCUUCGAUUUGUUCAUCCAAUCAGUCAAUGAAAAACAGCAAUUUUA